AUGACCCUCGACGGUACCUUGCUCAAGUACUCACUGACGACAUUGUUGUUCGGGGGAAUCGCUGCCCUGGUUGUAGCUGCCCUUAUAUGGUUGGUGUUCUCGGAACUUACAUCUCCCCUGCGUAGCUAUCCUGGACCUUUUCUUGCUCGUUGGACCAACCUCUGGCGCUUGUAUCAAGUCCAGACCCAGAGAUAUCAAUGGACUAUUAAGGACCUGCAUGACAAGUAUGGGCCGGUGGUUCGAAUUGGCCCCAACCUGCUGGACCUUGAUUAUCCAGAGUUGAUUAAAACAAUCUACAGUACUGAUGGGAAAUGGUGCAAGACCGAGUUCUACCACAACAGCAGUGCUGUUAUCAAUGGCAAAAUCACAUAUCACUUGUUCAGCACGACCGACCAAGCAGCUCAUGCCCGCCUGAAGCGACCGAUUGUGAAAUACUAUUCAAUGAGCAAUAUCUUGAACCUCGAAUCCCAUGUUGAUACAGUCAUCAGCGACUUUUGCGACCAUUUAGAAACAAGAUUCAUGGACAAGCAGAGUCAAGAGAAACAAUUCGAUUUUGGACAGUGGAUCGCCUUCUAUACUUGGGAUAUGAUUAGCUCUGCCACUUUCAGCCAACGCUUUGGAUACAUGGAAAAAGCCUAUGAUUUUGACGGUACGAUCCAUACCGCUGACCAAGUUACCGACUACUUCGCAAUGGUCGGUCAAAUGCCGUUCUUGGAUUAUCUUUUGGACAAAAACCCGAUUAAACGCAUUGGACCGCCAAACCUCGGCAACGUCACGCGUAUUUCUGUUGAGAAAAUGAUGUCUCGCGUAGACAAGUUGGAUGAGAUCGACCGCAAGCCAGCAGAGGAACUUGACUUCUUGGAUCAUUUCCUGAAUGCCAUGAAGAAGUCUCCCGAUCUAGUUGAUACCAGUGUCAUUACGGGUUAUCUCCAGGUCAAUAUGCUGGCUGGCGCUGAUACAACGGCAAUCACCCUGCGUGCGAUUUUCAACUUCUUGCUCGAGAACCCGCUCACCAUGACCAGGCUUAAGAAAGAGCUACUGUCGCUAGACUAUGACGCAGCAGAGGAAAAGGUAGUGUCGUACAAGUCUGCACGCGCGGUGCCGUAUCUUGAUGCUGUCAUCCGCGAAUCCAUGAGGAUGCACCCUGGGGUUGGCAUGCUUCUGGAACGAUACGUGCCUGAUACUGGCUUACAACUACCUGAUGGAAGCUUCGUACCUGGUGGAACAGCAGUUGGAUUAAAUCCUUAUAUUAUCGGCCGGAAUAAGGGUAUCUGGGGCGAUGAUGCAGAUGAAUUCCGCCCUGAGCGAUGGUUGCAAAAGAGCGGCGAGGAUGAUGAGGCUUUUCAGCAGCGACUUCGCCAGAUGAAUGGUGCUGACUUGACUUUUGGUGGAGGAUCAAGAAUUUGCAUUGGCAGGAAUCUCGCCCUCCUUGAGAUAUAUAAGGUCGUUGCUACUUUAGUGUCUCGAUAUGAGAUUCUGAGUGUGCCUGGACAAAAGAUGAAGAUCAUCUCAACAUGGUUUCCGCGCCAAUCUGGCCUCAUUUGUCAGUUGCCUUUUGAGAAAGUCAUUGUCUCGGGCUGCCUGUUCCACAAUCGUGUCGAUCACUAUGUGGAAGGAACAGACGCUGAAGCCCAUAAAAUUCGCCGAAAGAACUUCUCCAGAGGUUUUUCUCAAUCUUCAAUGCUCGAUUUCGAGCCCCAUGUUUCUUCAAAGAUCAAGACGCUCCUGAACCAGUGGGCGGCGAGAGCUAACAAUGGACCCAUUGACGUGUACCCUUGGUGCCACUGGUUGGGAUUCGACGUCAUGUGCCAUCUCAUGUUUGACGAAGACCCUGGGUCUGUGCAGCGAGGCCAGCCGCACCAGGUCAUGAGAUACAUCAAGGCUUGGAAACCCACGUUUAUAUAUAAAGAAUUCCUACCCCAGAUGGAACAGUACGGAGUCUAUGUCCCUGGCCCCGUCGGCGGAUACUUCAGGGAUGUUCGCACAUGGAAAGAGUAUGCGCUCACGCUUAUCGAAGACGUCCGCCAGAAAAACUCGCAUACACCCUUUCUCCGAAAUCUCCUAAGUGCGGACAAGAGCGAAGACACGGCCCAGCAUUUGACGAACUCGGAGCUUGCAGAGGAAUGCAUGGGAGGCAUGUUCGGCGGAAGCGGAACUACAGCAAACACGUUUAUAUACAUACCCUGGGUGUGUCUAAGACAGCCCAAGGUUGUAGCGAAGCUGAGGUCAGAGCUACUCCAAGCAUUCCCAGACCCAGCUUUAGUGCCCGACUACCAAACAUGUGGCAAGUUGCCGUAUCUUCAGGCUGUUAUCAACGAGACCCUACGAAGGUAUCCUACCAUCGUGGCGACCUUGCCACGCACCGCAAUCAAUGAUACAAUAGUCGAUGGGAUCUCAGUACCUAAAGGGACCAUAGUGGGAACCCAGAACUUCACCAUGCAUCGAAACGAGGACGCAUUUUCAUUACCUGAAGAAUUCAUUCCUGAGAGAUGGCUGACUACUGAUGGCAACGAAACACGCAAGGCAUCUUGGACGCCUUUUUCUGUUUGUUCCAGGAGGUGUAUCGGCAUCAACCUCGCUCAAAUGGAGCUUUCCAAACUCACGGCAGCUUUCUUUUUGAGAUUUGAUGGGAAGGUCGAUGAAAGCAUGACUGAAGAAGAUAUGAGAAUAUAUGUCUCAGACCUAGAGGCUCGAGUGCAAGAGUAUGAGCGACAGUCCCAAGCCACUGUUUCGUUGUCCAGCGUGAUAUCUGGAACGAACGUGUACCCAGACCUUUCUCCUACUCAGGACAGUGUCUUGGGUCGAGGGAAGGGCAAAUGGUACCGCCAAAUACGACAACAACCUGAUAUGGAGAUGAUAUAUGAUCCCCCAUCUACUUCUCACGCUCAUUACGAAGGUGUCCCUGACGCCAUGGUAGUAGUUCCGUCCCCCGAAUGCGGUGACAGUGAAGAUCUUGGCCAGUCAUCAUCAAUAUCAUUUAUUCAGUCAAUGCUGCGAACUGUGAACCGGGAUCACUCAGUCUUCAGGGUCUCUCAUCAUCCAGUUAACAAUCAAUAUCCUCUCCUCCAGGCCAUCGAUGAAGAAGCAUUAUUUCUUCCGCCCCGGAGGGUAGCCGAUGGCUUUGUACAAGCAUACUGGAAGUUCCUACACCCCAUAUUGCCAAUUCUCCAUAGACCGACUCUCAUGAGACUCUACGAUAAGUUAUGGAUGGUAGACGAUACCAGAGGUUCUAGUCAAAUCUGCAAUGUGGACGACGCGGUUUUCUUCUCGACCCUCAAUAUAACCCUAGCAAUCGGGUGUCAAUUUAGCGAGCGGAUGGAAGCUACGCGAAAGCUGACUAUGGCGAGCAAGUUUUACCAGAGAUCAAAAGCUCUGUUAGCCGACGAACUUCUGGACUAUCCAAGCUUGGCGCUUGUACAGCUUUCACUGCUUACAGGCGUGUACCUGGAGUCUACAUGCCAACAGAUGCUGGAACAUCGUAGGCUCGGCCAUUCGAUCGGCGCAGAGCAUGGGUCUUCAUCUUGA